AAAGUCCCCAGGGACGCAGAGUCUCCCCAGACCGCGAGGAUGGCGGUCCCGGCGCCCCGAGCCCCGCUCCUGCUGCUGUGGGGGGCCCUGGCCCUGACGGAGACCCGGGCGGGCUCCCACUCCCUGAGGUAUUUCUACACCGCCGUGUCCCGGCCCGGCCGCGAGGAUUCCCGCUUCAUCGAGGUCGGCUACGUGGACGGCACGCAGUUCGUGCGGUUCGACAGCGACGCGGCGAGUCCGAGGGCGGAGCCGCGGGCGCCGUGGGUGGAGCGGGAGGGGCCGGAGUAUUGGGACUGGGAGACUUGGGUCGCCAAGCUCAAAGCCGAGACUUUCCGAGAGAACCUGCGGACAGUGCUCCGCUACUACAACCAGAGCGACGGCGGCUCUCACACCAUCCAGUGGAUGUCUGGCUGCGACAUGGGGCCGGACGGUCGCUUCCUUCGCGGGUAUGAACAGUUCUCCUACGACGGCGCCGACUACAUCGCCCUGAACGAGGACAUGACCUCCUGGAUCGCGGCGGACACGGCGGCUCAGAUCACCAAGCGCAAGUGGGAGGCGGCCGGUAAGGCAGAGGACAGCAGGGCCUACCAAGAGGAGGAGUGCGUGUACUGGCUCCGCAGAUACCUGGAGCACGGGAAGGACACGCUGCUGCGCGCGGAACCCCCAAGGGCACACGUGACCCACCACCCCAGCUCUGAGCGUGAGGCCACCCUGAGGUGCUGGGCCCUGGGCUUCUACCCUGCGGAGAUCACACUGACCUGGCAGCGGGAUGGGGAGGACCUGACCCAGGAUAUGGAGUUUGUGGAGACCAGGCCGGCAGGGGAUGGAACCUUCCAGAAAUGGGCAGCUGUGGUGGUGCCUCCAGGAGAGGAGCAGAGAUACACGUGCCAUGUGCAGCACGAGGGUCUGCCGGAGCCCCUCACCCUGAGAUGGGAGCCGCCUUCCCAGCCCAGCGUCCCUAUGAUGGGCAUCGUUGCUGGCCUGGUUGUCCUUGGAGCUGUGCUCAUUGGGGCUGUGGUCGCUGCUGUGAUGUGGAGGAAGAAGAGCUCAGGUGGAAAAGGAGGGAGCUAUGCUCAGGCUGCCUGCAGUGACAGUGCCCAGGGCUCGGAUGUGUCUCUUAGGCUUGCAAAGCGUGAGACAGCUGUCUGUGUGGGACAGAGCGAUGCUGGAUUUGUUCCCGCCUCCCCUGUGUGGCGUCAGGAGCCUCUGACUUCUCUGUUUGCAAAGGCACCUGAGUGACUCUGCGACCCUGUCAGCAUCGUGUGAUGGGGUGGGGAGGCCAGUCCUGGCCCCUGUCCUGCACCCUCUGCCACACUUUUCCGUGUCCUGUGCCCAGUCAUCUUUCCUGUUCCAGGGAGGGAGGGCUGGGAUGUAUCCAUCCCUGUCUUAUUGUCAUGGUGCACUGAGCUACUUCCCUACUAAAAAUAAGAAUUGAAAAUAAAUUUGUUUUCUCAA